AUUAGGGAGGAAGGGGGAAAAAAAGUCAGAAAAAAGUUUCUUUCCUGGAGUCCUGAAAAGCGGGAGUUCCCACGGGUUUGGGGUGCUGGCCGGGGGGCGGGGUCCUCUACUCCAGGCCAUGUCGGGGCCCACCUGGCUUCCCCCAAAGCAGCCAGAGCCUGCCAGAGCCCCUCUUGGGAGGGCGCUCCCCCGAGCCGCCUCGCGGCCUCCACCAGCCCAUGGAGUAGCACCCCACCCCCACCCCAGGGUCAACUUUUGCCCCCUCCCGUCAGAACAGUGUUACUCUACGCCCGGGGCACCGGAUGAUCGGGGGCUGGCCUGGGGGAGCUGCCACGGGGGCCCCCAGCGCUCACAGGGGCUCCCCUCGGACAGGGGGGGGCUACGCCCUGGGAGCCUGGAUGCUGAGAUCGACUCACUGACCUGCAUGCUGGCUGAGCUGGAGGGGGGCCGGGGUCACACCCCACAAAGGCCAGACCGCCAGGUUUAUGACUCCCCUCAGGCCCCCACCUACCGCACCGGCUCCCUGAAGCUGAAUGGGGGCCCCUACGGGGGUCCCACGCCAGCCUCCUAUACCACAGCCAGCACCCCGGCCGGCCCUGCCUUCCCAGUGCAGGUGAAGGUGGCACAGCCAGUCCGAGGCUGUGCCCCCCCCAGGCGGGGAGCCUCGAAGGCCUCAGGGCCCCUCCCGGGCCCCCAGCCCCCACUCCCAGGCCUAGGUGACACCUGGGGGCCGGGUUAUAGGAGCCACCGGGAGCCUGGGGGGCAGGAUGGGGUGGCUGGGGGCUCCAGCCUGGCAGCAGGAACAAGAGGAGACGGGUAUGGGCCCCAGGUGCCUCUGAGACAGCCCCCUGAGGAGGAGCUGGAGCGGCUGACCGAGAAACUGGUACAUGACCUGAAUCACCUGCCCAGCGGGGAGUACUUCGGCCGCUGUGGCGGCUGCGGGGACGACGUGGUUGGGGACGGGGCUGGCGUGGUGGCCCUGGACCGAGUCUUCCAUGUGGGCUGUUUUGUGUGUGCCACUUGCCGGGCACAGCUGCGUGGACAGCACUUCUACGCCGUGGAGCGCAAGGCCUAUUGCGAGAACUGCUAUGUGGCCACCCUGGAGAAGUGCUCCAAGUGCUCCCAGCCCAUCCUGGACCGCAUCCUGCGUGCCAUGGGGAAGGCUUACCACCCAGGAUGCUUCACCUGCGUGGUGUGCCACCGCGGCCUGGACGGCAUCCCAUUCACUGUGGACGCCACCAGCCAGAUUCACUGCAUCGAGGACUUCCACAGAAAGUUUGCCCCGCGCUGCUCUGUGUGUGCUGGCGCCAUCAUGCCCGAGCCAGGCCAGGAGGAGACUGUGCGAAUCGUGGCUCUGGAUCGCAGUUUUCACAUUGGCUGCUACAAGUGCGAGGAGUGCGGGCUGCUGCUCUCCUCGGAGGGCGAGUGCCAGGGCUGCUACCCGCUGGAUGGGCAUAUCCUUUGCAAGGCCUGCAGCGCCUGGCGCAUCCAGGAGCUCUCGGCCACGGUCACCACCGACUGCUGAGUCUUCCCAUGAGCUCCUGGUGGCCGCCCCCCUUCCUUGGCCACCAUCCCCCCCCCCCCCCCCCCCCCGUCGGCUUCUCCCUCUUUGUCACCAUAUGCUGUCUCUGCUUGCUCUGGUCCUGAAAUAAUAAGCCCUCCGGAGUUUACAAGAA